AUGGAACGACGCGAGCAGCGUGCAAGUUCGCAAGACGUUAUCCAGCACGAAACGAUGCUGGGCAAAUCGAUCGGGCACGAGUUCACGAGCGCCGCGAUGUCUGGCCGGCGUCAGGGCCCGUUCACGGACACGUAAUAACAAUUACAUCGUCGUGACAAGGCGGGAAAGAUCGAGGUCAUCGGUAGACAGGGAACGACGGUCCUUGGAAGCGUCGAUCGGAACACGGUUCGUGUUCGCUCGUGAUCGAUCGAGAACGACCGUGGUGCCCCCCCCCCUCUCUUCUCUCUGACCGUUCACUGCGGUCGUCGAUCGUUGAUGAUCGCUAAUCGACGCGUUAUCGUCGUCGAAAACCCGGUCGACGAACACGGCCUUCUUUCGAUCUUACGAACUGCAACAGUCCCGUUUAACAAGUUUAGUCAAUCUUCACUAGAAUGGCUUAAUAACUAUAUCCUCCAUUUGACCAUAUAAUGAAUGAAAUUCCAAUCUUGUUCAUCGAUAAAAUUAAAAAUAUUUUCAAUACUUAAUUUAAUUUAAUUGUGGCGGAAUAGUGCUUUGAAUUUAAGAUUCAAGAAUAAAAUUUGAAUUUUUGUUAAAAACUUCAACAUGAAAUAUAUAUAUUUUUCAAGAUUCAAACUCGUUCUAUUCAGAUAGUUUAAUUUCAUUUCAUAACUUUGUAAUAAUAUUUAUUGUUAUAAUUACCUCAUUGACACUAUUUUUUAUUAUUGAUUUUAUAACUAAUAGCUACUUACUGGAAAAUCAUACAGAUGUUGAGAUUGUAUGAACCAUUAUACCUAUAAUAAUUCUUUUAACUAUUUGCUAUCCAUCUCUAAAAAUUCUACACUUUAUUGAUGAAAUAAUAAAUCCUUAUUUUUCAAUUAAAGCUAUUGGACAUCAGUGAUACUGAUCUUAUGAAUACCCUGAAUUCAGUAACUAUGAAAUUAACUGUUAUAUAA